AUGCCUAAGGAGAUCGGAGACAUCAAGCAGUUCAUUGAGAUCUGCCGCCGCAAGGACGCCCAGUCCGCGCGCAUCAAGAAGAGCAAGGGCACCAACCUGUCCAAGUUCAAGGUCCGCUGCUCGCGCAACCUGUACACCUUGGUUGUCAAGGACUCCGACAAGGCCGAGAAGCUCAAGCAGUCUCUUCCUCCUAACUUGCAGAUCAAGGAGGUCGGCAAGAAGAACAAGAAGGGCCAGCACACCGCAUAA